AUGUUGAUACUCGAGCGUGCAAGGCUGACGAGGCCAUGGUCUAUUGUCGCAUUUGCGGCUCAUACUCCAUUUUACUUACCGCAUCAUCAUGGCAUUAGUAUGGCCAAAAGAAAUCGCUAUAAAAGCACGCGAGCAAGUAAAUUAUCGCGCACUUCAUCGCGGUCAUCGCAGAAGACAACCAAGGAUGAGCAAGAUACCCCAAAGAUACCCCGGAAAGCGAAUGUAAGUUAUUCCAAGUCGAAAAAGCAAGAGAAAUCCGCUCUUGAAGACGUUCAGCUGCCCGACAUUUCACCUGUUUCUGCGGAAAAUUCUGGUCUCAUGACGGCUGUUUCAAUAGAUAAGGACGCGACUUCAAGUGACAAUAGAUCAAGACAGACAACGUUCUUGUACGGUGAAGAGGCAAAAAAGGCUCGCUUGGUUCGAUUUGAGCAAUAUGAAAAAGAACGUGAUAUCUCUUACCGAUUCGGUCGGCUAUAUGACACGGAUACAGCGGUGGAACCUGUCAAGCCACUCAGAAAUAUGCAUGUGGCCAAACUAGAACACGGCCUUGAUCGCGUCUUAUUCAACCCAGGCGUGCACUGGCUGCGUGACCAGCGGACAGGCACUUUUAACUACACCCCGGAAAUACAACGUGUACUGGAUGUCGACUUGUUUGACUACACCACAUUACCUCCGUACGUGACUUCAAGUCGUGAUAAAGAGCUGUUGUAUAUUACAAAGCGGCAAAAGAAAAAGUACUGUGGCAGUACAAGUAGCUUAACGGGUUUAUUGAGUCACUGUUACUUUUUGCUGAGCCGAUGGAAAGAGCCCAAUCUCACCGGUUUCAGCCCCAGCUUUCAAAAUUUGCUCACUGGAUUUAGCGAAGGCUCUAAAAUGCCCGUCUCGAUUAUGCUGCGCUAUCAGACGGACGGCUUUUACGCCAUUGAUGCCGAUAAGAACUCGGACGGAGAAAUGGACAAUACUAAUUACCUACUUACUACACUAGGAAAGAGUCUGGAAAAGUUUCUUACAUCUUCGCCUGAUGAAUAUGCACAGCACAAGCGUGUGAAUAGCUGGAAGCUUGGUGCAGAAGUGCGUGAGCAGCAAGAAGCAUAUCAUUAUGCACAGUCGCCGAAGUUUCUUCUUCGCUCACAGCUAGAUUGUUACGAUGAGCGCUUACCCAAGCGCACCUUUGAUCUUAAAACCCGGGCGGUUGUCUCUAUUCGAAAUGACCGUGCAAAUUAUGCUGAAGGGUGCGGUUACCAAAUUCGGUUCGCACGAGGUCUAUGGGAAUCGUUCGAGCGAGAGUAUUGGGAUAUGGUCCGUGCUGCCUUUCUCAAAUACAAUUUUCAAGCACGUAUUGGGCACAUGGAUGGAAUAUUUGUGGCAUAUCAUAACACGUCAGAAAUUUUUGGAUUCCAAUACAUUGACUUGGAAGAGAUGAACUUGCGUCUCUUUGGAAGCAAUGAGAUGGGAGAUAAAGCCUACCACAUGUCUAUUGGGCUCUUGGAACGUAUUCUCGAUGUGGCCACCGAGAAUUUUCCCAAUGAAACACUCAGUAUCACGAUGGAGACACGCCCUGGUACAGGAAACAUGUAUGUGAUCGUGGAGUCAACAGAGACAUCCCGAAUUCUACAGCUGGAUGUCGUGUUGGAUCGGUACUUGAACAAUGCCCUAGUUCGCGGCCCUGUGGACUUUGUCCAGUUUUGUGGACCGAUGACCGAGGCUGAACUCGAGGAUAUGCAUUGUGGUCGCUCUAAAUCUAAACUGAGCGAUGUGCAGUGGUAUGUGGACUAUUGCAUUACCCCAAGACAUGAUUUUCCAGAGAAAAAGACUCGGCAAAAUCUCCAGGAAAUUCGCAACCGUCAACGACUGAUGAGGACUAUGACCAUGCCUAAUGUCGAGAUGCUAGAUGAGCGCGAAAAGGAGCGCCUCUAUGUACUGUCCAAGCAACCAGGUGCUCUGGAACGGUUCUUGCAUGAGCGUGAAAAUGGUCAGGCGAUUGGUAUGCCUCUAGCACCUGGACAAAAGACGACACGGGAGCUUAUUCAAAGAGAAGGGCUCCUGAACAUUGAGUCACAGGGACAUUCCCAACCCACGACUGCAGUCAGAUGGCUUCGCUAUUUGGAUCCCAUGACGAAACGCGUGCGGGAAUUAAGUCGUGAGGGACACCGGAGACUGAAACAGCAGUUGUCCAAGUGA